AAGCGGAAGAAGGGCCAGUCUUGCGCCUCACCAUGGAGCCUACUGGGGGCCCCGAAGUCCUCUCUAAACAAGAGCACGAACCCAGCGACGAUAUGGCGGAUACGUACAGUAAAUGGGAGAGGGAGCAGGCCCUGCUGAAAGAAGACCUUAUAAAUUACAACACCGAAGCAUGGCAGGAUCAUCCUGAAUUUUCGGGGUUGGAAAGAGUUGGAGGCGUAGACCUUUCCUAUUGUAAAGAAGAUGAUAAAAUUGCUUGUGCUUCGCUCGUAGUCCUGAGCUAUCCAGAUCUGAAGGUGAUCUAUGAAGACUUCCAUAUGGUGGCCCUCAGCGCUCCCUAUGUAGCGGGAUUCCUGGCCUUCCGAGAGGUGCCAUCCUUGGCUGAUGCAAUUCACAGGCUACAGGAAAAGGAUCCAAGUUUGAUGCCCCAGGUGCUCCUUGUAGAUGGCAAUGGAAUCCUGCAUCACAGAGGAUUUGGGGUGGCAUGCCACCUCGGGGUCCUCACGGGGCUACCUUGCAUUGGGGUUGCCAAGAACCUACUACAAGUGGAUGGUCUGGAGAAUAAUGAAGAACACAAAGAACAGAUACGGCAGCUAAACAGCGGAGGAGAUUUUUUCAACCUGACAGGCAGCUCUGGCAUUGUCCUGGGUACUGCUUUGAAGAGCUCCAACAAGAGCUCCAAGCCCAUCUAUGUCUCAGUUGGCCACAAGAUAAGCCUCGGGUCUGCGGUAAAGCUGGUCCACUCCUGCUGCAAGUACAGGGUUCCCGAGCCAAUAAGACAGGCAGACAUCCGAUCCAGGGAGUUUCUGUGCCAAAUCGCAGCUGCCUCUGAAACAGCCUAGAGCUCAUCUAGCCUGGUUCCUGAAGAUCCCCCAGGACCGCAUGCCCUGUAAAUCUGGCUCAAUAUGACGCACAAGUGGACACUUAGACUGCGAUCUCAAGAGGUUCACGGGAACUGGAACAUUACACAAAGAGCUUUUACGCCUCCCACCCUCACAUCUGUGGGAGGCUGUUUAUAGAGGUACAAAGUCAUUGACUGGUGAUUCCAUGACACUAUUUCAUGACUUUGUGGGCUGCUUCAACCGUUUAGGUUUUAUAUAUCAUGUUUGCAUAACAGACUGGAUCUAAAAUCUCCAGAAUGAGACUUUUACACCACCGGUUUUAUAACAUUUUAUCAUUUAACAGAGCUUGCGAAAUAACUAUUACGUACACAGUAUUAACCACACCGCCAAAAACUGUGCCAUUUAAAGAUCUUCCAUAUUUAUUCCUGAAAUUUUACCUAUAUUAUCUCUAAGUGGGAAUAGUAUUUGAAACUUAAGCCCAGCUGAUAAUUAUUUGACUUUAGCUGAUAAUUAUUUGACUUUAGCUGAAUAAGAUCAAGUUGUAUAUAAGCGACCGAACCACUCUAAGAAUAAAAUGUAUUGUAGAGAAUAUAUGACCCCUGUUUUCCCGGAACUGUUAAUCUUGGUGACAUUUAACUUAAAUAAAAUAUUUAACCUCAUAAACGGCUGCAGCUUGUGGCAGGACCAGCACUAAUAUAUCAA